AUGAACAAAGAAUUAUUAAUCAAUGUCAGCUCACAGUUGUCACAUUUACGCAUGUAUCCAAUUUUUGAUUCGUGCCAUUAUUUAUUGACAGCUCUUCUAGUUCGAGAUGACAUACAACAACAUCAAAUAGGAACACAAAAUUUUACACGUCGUCAUCCAUUCUCAUGUUGGUUAUCAACUAUGUUACUUUGUUUUUCUGGUUCAAUACUAUCAAAUUUUUUACUUGGUGGAAGUCCAAUAAAAGAUUUUGCUCACCAUCAACAUCUUUUGCUUGCAACGAUAUGUUGGUAUCUUGUGUUUUAUUCACCAUUCGAUACUAUAGCACGUUUAUUGCGAUUUGUACCUAUUAAAAUUGUUGUUGGCGUGGGAAAAGAAAUUCAACGAACAAAAAAGAUUUUCGAUGGAAUUCAUUCAACAUUAGCUAUUCAUCCUGAUGGCUACGUUAUUGUUGUUCUCAUCGGAGCUUUAAAAGGUUGUGGUGGAUCAGUAAUGUCAUCGAUUGAUCGAUUUAUUCGAGGCGUUUGGUUACCUUCACAGAAUGAAUUUCUUUUUCCAACUUUUGCAACAAAAGCCUGUUUUAUAUCUGCAAUAGUCUUUCUAUUAGAACAUCUUGGUUUAAUUCAAUUCCAACGUGAAUUAAUUUAUCUAUGUAUCGUGUCAAUGUUCAUAUAUGUACGAAUUAUAACAACAUUCUUUAAACAAUACGAUCCUUUGAUGCCAUUUGAAAAUGUAUCAUCUGGAAUAUUAUUCAAUAGUUGGUCGGAAACAGUUUCUGAUGCAUAUCGACGCGCAACUGCUGCAUCGACGUUGACUACUACAAAUAAUAUAUCGGCACCGCAACAAGUAACUGCGAUACCAGCUGCUCUUACACCACUUACAGCACAAACAACAACAUUGAUGAGCUCGAAAAAAGAAGCAAGUAAUAAUGAUGGACAAACGAAAGGACUUGACGGAAAAAAACGAGAUUAA